AGGAAGUGUUACGUGAGCUUGAAAAUUGCCCACAACAGAGCACAGGGGAGACUGUGGGCAGCCUGCACUUGUGACUGGUCAACUUUCAAAGUGCGCUUUGACAACACACGUUUAGAAUGACACCUCGGUAGUGAGGCCCGCUGGCUCAGAGCCGCUGUUGUCCCGCAGUGCCUGCGUGAGUCCCGACGGAGCGAGAGCGACCGCCCGCCAUGGCCUCAGUAGUGUUGACUCGCUGCACAUCUGGCAGACUCCCCGCUUUGGCCGCUGUCAUCCUGCUUCUGUCUGCGGUGCCCGCGGUGCGGUCCUCCCAAGGCGACAAGGAGCCGGUCUACCGUGACUGCGUGAAGCUGUGCGUCCGGACCAACUGCACGGGAGUCCGACUGCGGGGCUUUGAGGCCAACCAGCCGCACUACAUGGCGCUCACAGGUUGGACGUGCCGGGAUGACUGCCGCUAUCAGUGCAUGUGGACCACUGUAGGCCUUUACCAAGCUGAGGGGUUCAGAAUCCCCCAGUUCCAUGGCAAGUGGCCAUUCGCCCGCUUCCUGUGUUUUGAAGAGCCGGCGUCGGCGCUGGCGUCUUUGCUGAACGGCUUGGCUUGCCUUCUCAUGCUGCUGCGCUAUAGGAGCACCGUGCCACGCCAGAGCCCCAUGUACCACACCAUCAACGCCUUCUCUUUAAUAUCUCUGAACGCCUGGUUCUGGUCGACUGUGUUUCACACCCGGGACACCUAUCUCACUGAGAAAAUGGAUUACUUCUGUGCAACUGCAGUAAUCCUGUACUCCAUCUAUUUAUGCUGUGUCAGAACGUUGGGUCUGAGGCGGCCUGGGGUGUCCAGCAUGGUGGGAGCCCUGCUUAUUUUGAUCUUUACGUCGCACGUAUCCUACUUGACCUUCGUUAGCUUUGACUACGGCUACAACAUGGCUGCAAAUACCGCCAUCGGUAUGGUGAAUCUGCUGUGGUGGUUGUGUUGGUGCUGGCAGAACCGGCGGACGCUUCCGUACUGGUGGAAAUGUGGCUCAGUGGUGCUGCUGCUUCACGGUCUGGCUCUGCUGGAGCUGCUGGACUUCCCUCCGCUGCUCUGGAUCUUAGAUGCUCACGCCGUUUGGCACCUCAGCACCAUCCCAGUGCACUUUCUUUUCUACAGUUUCCUGAUAGAUGACAGCCUGUACUUACUAAACACAGAGAAGAUGGGUGUUAAAGUGGAGUAGCAGGAGUUCAUCGCCUCUUCAUCAUGCUUCUACCGUCACACCUCUCCAAACAGGGCAGCUGAACCCCCCAACACUGAAGUAGCUUAGCUAACAUGACCUGCAUGACUCCACACAUCGGAGCAGCUUUUGUUUACAUGUCAUUAUGAUUAUUUUCUUAAGCGUAAAGAUUCUUUUUUGAAACAUGAUUGAUGUUUGCCUUGUGUUGCUGUGGAUGCUGUAAUUUAUUAUUUUCUUAAUCGAUUCCAAUCUCAGUUUGCCCUAAACGACGAUAGAUGGCGCCAAAUCUUUUUGUGUCAUCCGUGCCAAAGUGGGCACAAAGGUUCCCCUUCUGGAGCGAGCUGCCUCAUGAUUGUUCUAGAGAGGUUGAGGGGGCUUUAUGACAGAGGCCAUUCGUGCUGACUUGUUUUUGUGUCCUUUUAGCAUCACACCUUUGUGUGCCUUUUUUUGUUGCUGCUUUUUGUUUGAACUUAUUUUUGAAUUAUUUGCCUUUUUUUUAUUUCUGUUGUUUGGGAUUUUUGACGAAUGUGCCUGAUGAUCAGAAGAAGAAAAUGUAUUUCUUUCACCUUGAUUGCCUUUUAGAGUGAAAAGUGGUUAAAGUAGUUCAGCUGAAAGAUCUGGUUUCUUUCUUUUUUUUCUUCCUUUUUUGUAGUUUUUCCUAAUUUCUAGCAUCAUGUUGCUUUAGUUGAAACCCAACGUCACUCAAACCAGCAUUUUAAAUGUAAUCAAUAUGAUUUACAAGCUUCCAAACAUGUCUGCUUUGUCAAAUGCAUGUCAAAUGUUCCUCCUUAAAAAAAAAACUAACAGCUUUUGAAGUUUUUCAGAUUGAUUCCAUGUCUACUGUGUGAGUUCCCCCCCCUCACAUGUGCACUUUACUGACCUGUUUUGAUGUGCUUUUGUUUUGAAGUCUUGUCCAUCUGUGUCAGAAUGUGAGCAAUGUUUCGGAGCGUGUGCGCACACCGCCUUCUCUGGACAUUCUGUUGUUUUCUACAACACAAAAAAAAACGGAUCACUGUGGAUGUGAGAGCUGGACUGUACUAGAACGUUACGGGGAAAAGGUCAAGUCAUUCCAGUUUAAAAAAUAAUUAAAAAAUAAAAGCCCUUCCUCCAGGGUAUAUUAUGUUAUCGUAAACUACUUAAAUGUAAAAAUAUAUUUUUUAAAAAUCAAUCAGGAAAUUAAACCAAUAUUCAGACUUCCAAAGAAACUAAACUCAUUUUAUAACAUAUGAAACUGGUUUGACUUUUAAAUAAAAAUAGUUAAUAUCUAACUGAUGUUUUUCUUUUUUUCUUUUUGGUAAUUAUCACUUAACAAAAUCUAAAGUUUUAACUCUAUUUUUCAUCCGUCUUCCCUGCCUGUAACCAGAACUCUACUUGUUCUCUGCUGCCCUCUGCUGGUCUGUCACAUUCUCCACUGGGCGCACUUUUCUUCAACUUUACAUCAAUUUAUUAAAUGACCAAAAAACUCAGAAUCUAAAGAAAUAAAAGCAUCUUUCUUGAUAAAGAAGGUGA